AUGGCGGUGUGUGAAGAAGAAGAAAUAGACCAUUCAGAAUCUUCAGGUUUACCUUCCACUUUCAGUUACAACCACUGUAGACCAGUCUUUGAGCAUUUCAGAGCCUUUGGAUACAUGGUGUGGUCAAGCCUGGGGGAAGGUGGUGAAGCAUCCAGCCAAGGCUACUGUGGUGACCUCAACCAAGAGUUAUCUUUACAAGUUCAUCCAGGGCCACAGCACCAUCUGGUGGGUGUGAAAUGUGAUGGUCAAAGCAAUGGUGCAGAGGAAAUGAGGGUCACAAAAGAACACACACAAGCUACUCCAGCUGCUGCUACACAAGCUGAUAUAAACAUCAACCCUGGGAACAAGAUCCACCGGUGUCCAUACUGUAUCUACUCCACCCAACAUCCAACUGCUAUACGGUGCCAUAUUCGAACACACACUGGAGAAAAGCCAUAUGCGUGUCCUCAUUGUCCUUUUCGAUCAGCUCUCAGGGGUAAUCUUAAGCUUCAUAUCCGUUCUCAUACAGGAGAAAAACCAUAUUCGUGCCCAUUUUGUCCAUUCCGAGCAGCACUUAAAAGUAAUGUAACAAUUCACAUUCGAACUCAUACGGGAGAGAGACCCUACACCUGCCCCCACUGUUCAUCAUGCUUUGUUCAUUCCAGUCAUUUGAAAAGACAUGUACGAAUCCACACAGCCUAAUUCUCAAGAUGAGAUCCCUAAUAUACUGUACUGACUGUACUAAUAGAGUCUGAACCAUUCUGAAAUGGGCAGAUCAUGUAUGAAUCUUUCAUAUCUCCUUAUAUUUCAUCAUAAUUAUAUUAUGAGCAAC